GGCAUGUACUGCCACCUAGCAACGUUGUCCUUGUGUUAUCUGGCUGUCCGGUAGAUAGCCGGAGAUCAAUCCGGAUCAAUUUAUUAUCGUGUCUCCGCUGAUUCCGGCGGGGUGUCGGAGUUCGAGGGAGCAGCAGCCUGUCAGCGGGGACGAUCCGUAAGCGGGAGCCCUCGUUGUGGGCAAAUUCGUGGCACCAACGGCAUCCAUCCACCACCAAGCAGCAAUGUCCGCGAAACAAGAUUUCCCGCUUAUUCCCAAGAUCAUCAAUGGAGGUAUAGCUGGCAUCAUUGGGGUAACUUGUGUCUUCCCCAUUGAUCUAGUCAAAACAAGACUACAGAACCAGCAGGUAAAAGCAGGAGAACCUCCAAUGUAUUCUUCAAUGUUCGAUUGUUUUCGAAAAACCAUGGGUCGAGAAGGAUUUUUUGGAAUGUACCGAGGCUCUGCCGUCAAUAUCUUGCUGAUUACCCCAGAAAAGGCAAUCAAGUUGGCGGCCAACGACUUUUUCAGACAUCACCUUGCCACGGAUAUGGGGAAACUAACCUUGAAGCAGGAAAUGCUGGCUGGCGGUGGUGCAGGGUUCUGUCAAAUUAUUGUGACCACACCGAUGGAAUUGCUUAAAAUCCAGCUGCAAGAUGCUGGUCGAGUGUCUGGCGGUGCUCGACUGUCGGCCACAACGAUAGCUCUCCAGCUGGUGAGGACGAGAGGAAUCUUGGGCCUGUACCGUGGCACAGGAGCAACAAUGCUACGAGAUGUGACCUUCUCCGUCGUCUACUUCCCCCUGUUUGCUCACCUCAACUCCCUGGGACCUCAGAGGGCUGAUGGAACAGCCGUCUUUUGGACCUCUUUUAUCGCUGGCUGUGGAGCAGGCUCCACAGCAGCAUUUGCAGUGAACCCUUUCGACGUUGUCAAGACACGGCUACAGUUGCUCACGCGUGCUGAAGGAGAGGCCUCCUACAAUGGAAUUAUGGAUGCUUUUGUGAGAAUUCUCAGAGAUGAAGGACCCCGGGCAUUCUUCAAAGGUGCAGGAUGCCGUAUGAUAGUUAUUGCGCCACUGUUUGGCAUUGCUCAGACUGUCUACUUCUUGGGUGUUGCGGAGUUUCUGCUUGGUCAAGAAAGAAGAAAGACAAGUUGAAGAAGCAUUUGAUGAAGAAUAGACAACUGCCAUUGUGUAUUUUAUUUUCACGCCUUUUAUGUAUCAUUUCGGAAGUGGAUCCUGCUGUUUAGUGCUAGGUGUUUACAACAGACGUUAUAUAUCACUGUUGCCUUCAUAGAUGCCGUGGAGUUUUCUAAAGCAGUCAUAAGUUUGUGAGGAUAUUUACAGUUUUAUCGAGUUACAUUUUAAAGCCCUAUUUAGGUACAACCAAGCUUGUUUGCGUAGAACCUUGCUAAUAAUUAUUAAUUGAGACUUCUAUUUGCUUAUACCACCCCCAUAGUUGUGAAAAUGUCUUUCAAGCCACCGUGCAAUUCUCAUGUGUAACGCGGUCGGUCACCUUGUCCACAUGAGGUCGCCUACGUACAUAUAUAGUAUCUACACAGAGAGAAUAUACAUAUAUGAUAGCAGGAAAUGUAUGCUUUAAUGUGCUAUGUGAGCGAACUGAAAUGGGCAAUCCCGCAUUUCAAAUCUGGUAUCGAGCAAUUAACCCAAGCCUUACCUUGUGUGUAGGGAACGUGAUGCACGUAAUAACUGUACAUAGUACUUUACAACAAAGGAAUUGCAGAUCAUGUCUGCAUAAAUCAUGUCUUUCAAGCAACAUAUUAUGAUGAGAUGUCUGGUCAAUACUCUGUACCAUCUCAGUGUGCCCCAAAAGAGAUUGAAAUCUGCUGCAUUAAUGAUGCCUAGUUCCGUUCUUCUAUAUUGCCGUCACGUAUACCGUUUGCAUUCAGCAUUAAGUGCUGAGCAUGGACAUGUUUGAAAAAAAAAAAUGCUGCAACUCAAUAUUUGACGUGAGAAUAAACAAAUGAAAUUCUUUUA